GUCCACGCUGUUGGUCCUGCUUUCGGUAGCACGUGUCGGGAGCAAUUUGACGUACUUCUGAGCGGCUCGAGAGACCGGUCAGCACUGGGAUAGGCCGCGGGUAGAGCUAUUUCUGUGCUAUUCCUGUCCCGGCGCCGGCGGGCGCUCUCCGGUGGCGCGGAGAACUCGGUGCGCGUCUGUCAUGGACUACCGGCGGCUGCUUAUGAGCCGGGUGGUCCCCGGGCAGUUCGACGAUGCGGAUUCCUCCGACAGUGAAAACACAGGCCUGAAGACAGUCAAAGAGGAGGGUGACAUUCCAUUUGAAGACCUUCAAGAUGUGUCUGAGAAGAAGGGUGAAGGUGAGGCAGAAGAGGAGGAGGAGGAGGAAGAGGAGUAUGAUGAAGACGAUGAUUGGGACUGGAAUGAAGGAGUUGGAAAACUCACCAAAGGUUAUGCCUACAGUGGAGGAAGUAACCUACAGCCAAAUCGACAGACUUCCACCGGCAGUUCGGCCAAAAUGUCUACUCCAGCCGACAAGGUGUUACGGAAAUUUGAAAAUAAAAUUAAUCUAGAUAAGCUAAAUGUUACUGAUUCUGUCAUAAAUAAAGUCACCGAAAAGUCUAGACAAAAGGAAGCAGAUAUGUAUCGCAUCAAAGAUAAGGCAGACAGAGCAACUGUAGAACAGGUGUUGGAUCCCAGAACUCGAAUGAUUUUGUUCAAGAUGUUGACUCGAGGAAUCAUAUCAGAAAUCAAUGGCUGCAUUAGCACGGGAAAAGAAGCUAAUGUAUACCAUGCUAGCACAGCAAAUGGAGAGAGCAGAGCAAUCAAAAUUUAUAAAACUUCUAUUUUGGUGUUCAAGGACCGGGAUAAGUAUGUAAGUGGGGAAUUCAGAUUUCGUCAUGGCUAUUGUAAAGGAAACCCUAGAAAAAUGGUGAAAACUUGGGCAGAAAAAGAAAUGAGGAACUUAAUCAGGCUAAACACAGCAGAGAUUCCAUGUCCAGAACCAAUAAUGCUAAGAAGUCAUGUUCUUGUUAUGGGUUUCAUUGGUAAAGAUGAUAUGCCUGCACCACUCUUGAAAAACAUUCCGUUAUCAGAAUCCAAGGCUCGGGAAUUGUAUCUACAGGUCAUUCAGUACAUGAGAAGAAUGUACCAGGAUGCCAGACUGGUCCAUGCAGAUCUCAGUGAAUUUAACAUGCUAUACCACGGGGGAGAUGUGUACAUCAUCGACGUUUCCCAGUCCGUGGAGCAUGACCACCCACAUGCCUUGGAGUUCUUGAGAAAAGAUUGUGCCAAUGUCAAUGGUGAGUGGAAACUAUUAAAUUGUAAAGGCAAUUCAUUUUUGUUUUCUAAGGCCAUGGAAAUAGCAUCUCAGAGGACCAAAGAAGAAAGGUCUAGCCAAGAUCAUGUGGAUGAAGAGGUGUUUAAACGUGCAUAUAUUCCUAGAACUUUGAAUGAAGUAAAAAAUUAUGAGAGGGAUAUAGAUAUAAUGAUGAAAUUGAAGGAAGAGGACAUGGCCAUGAAUGCCCAACAAGACAAUAUUCUAUACCAGACUGUCACAGGAUUGAAGAAAGAUUUAUCAGGAGUUCAGAAGGUAUGAAGAAAAUGUAUUACUGUUUCUGUGA